AUGAUAGAAAAGUCGCUCGUGCUCCUCAAGCCCGAUGCCAUAAAAAGGCGCUUAAUAGGCACAAUCAUAUCAAGAUACGAACAGAAGGGCCUUUACAUCCACAGACUAAAACUGCUCCAACCAUCGUAUGAGUUGGUGGCCGAGCACUACGCCGAGCACAAAUCUAAGUCGUUCUACAAAAAAAUGGUAGAAUAUUUGAGCAGUAAUACGGUAGUUGCGAUGGUGGUGGCAGGUGAGGAUGCGGUGGCAGCCGUUCGUAAGUUGAACGGUGUGACCGAUCCGUUGAAUGCCGAGUUGGGGAGUAUUAGGGGUGAUUAUGGGAUGUGCGUGGGUAGGAAUGUAGUGCAUGGCAGCGAGAGUGUGGAGGCCGGGGAGUGUGAGGUUAGGUUGUGGUUUGGCGAGGAUGAUGGGGAGGUUGAUGUGUUUGAUGCUCAGAAUAUUUAUGAGGAAGAUUAGUGAGUGCGUGGUGGGCAGAGUGUUAUGGCUUAGGAUUGAGGACGUACGAUUUUUGCUUUGUGAGAAACUGUGUGGCUAGGGAAUUUCAUGAUGAAUAAAAAGCAUGUUGAAGAA